AUGUCAUCAAGAGAUUGGAGAUCAAUAGAUAUAGAUGCAUUAGAACCAGAAAAUCAUAUAACAAAAGAAGAAUUAAUACCACCAAAUUUACCAACAUAUUCAAAUCAAGAAAUUCAAGAAGUUGCUAAUCAAAUAAGAUCACAAUUAUCACAAGGAAAAUUCCAACAAGCUUUAGAAUUGGGUUUAAAUAAUAUACCAUUUGGUUCAACCACACAAAUAAAAGAAAUUCAUCAAAAAACAAUAUUUGAAAUUUUUUGUUCCAUCAAGAAUAAUAUAUCAAAUAAUGAAAUUGACGAGAUAAUAAAAAAUUUAAAUCAAGAACAACAAGAUAAUUUAAUUAAAUAUUUAUAUGUUAAUAUGUCUACUUCUUAUGGUCAAAAACAAGGUGGUUUAUUAUUAAAUUGGUUUGAAAAAAUUAUUGAAAUUGUUGGAAUUGGUUCAAUUGCUAGAUAUUUAACUGAUAGACGAACUGUAUAA